AAAAGAUUAAUUAAAAAAAAGGGUAGAAAUUCGAAUGAAAAUCCAAUCUUUAUUUGCCAACCCAAUUGGGAAAAGAAGGAAAAGUUUGAGAGAGGCGGUACAGAGGAAGUGAAUGAGUGAGAAUCAUGUGAUUUUCUCUCACCGGCUUCUUCUUUUUCUUACAGUCUUCAAAAAGUUGAAAAUUUUGGUUCUGGGUAGUCUCAAGAUUUCUUGUUUGGUUUAGUAACAGUGAAGAAUGGCUUCAAGUGCAUCGAGGUUCAUCAAAUGUGUGACGGUAGGAGAUGGGGCUGUGGGGAAGACUUGCAUGCUUAUUUGCUACACCAGCAACAAGUUUCCAUCUUUUGUUUGAUCAUCAGGACUAUAUACCAACAGUGUUUGACAACUUCAGUGCAAAUGUGGUAGCUGAGGGCACCACUGUUAACUUGGGCCUCUGGGACACAGCUGGGCAAGAAGAUUACAAUAGAUUAAGGCCCUUGAGCUAUCAAGGGGCAGAUGUCUUCAUCUUAGCCUUCUCACUAGUGAGUCGGGCAAGCUACGAAAAUGUACUUAAAAAGUGGAUUCCUGAGCUUCAGCAUUUUGCCCCUGGAAUUCCAAUUGUACUUGUAGGCACAAAAUUGGAUCUUCGUGAGGACAAACACUAUUUGACUGAUCAUCCUGGAUUGGUUCCUGUGACCACUGCACAGGGUGAGGAACUCCGCAAACAGAUUGGUGCUGCAUAUUAUAUUGAAUGCAGCUCAAAAACUCAGCAGAAUGUGAAAGCUGUCUUUGAUGCUGCAAUCAAGGUAGUUAUCAAGCCACAACAGAAACAAAAGGAGAAGAAAAAAAAACGGCAUCGAGGAUGGCUGAAUGUCUUUGUUGGAAGGAGCCUCAUGUGUUUCAAAUGAAAUUCACUAUUGAAAAUAAUUUAGAAUUUCAGAUGUUACUAGUAAUCCAACCACACUAAUAUGCAGUCCAGAGGCUUUGUUUCCAUCAGAGUCAGGCUGUCAGGAAGCUGUGAGUUCAAUUUUCUAUAUGCUGUCUUGUGUUGAAAUGCAGCAUAUCAACUCUCUCUGAAUGUUGCUCGUAAUUAUGGCUGUUAUCGGUUUCGAAUUUUAUUUUAUUUUUUAAAAAUUUUUGGGAAAAUUUGGGUAUUCUUGAAUGCCAUUGUUUGUUCAUUGUAAAGAAUUGAGUUGAAAUGUUUUUUUUUUUUUUAGUGGAAAUUGUAUCACAGGCCUAUUUGAUUGUUUUUCCACCCUUGGUUUAUUGAAGCUUUAUUUCAGGAUUAUCUCA